AUGUCGACUGGGACCAGCAGUGGUUUUGUCCUGUGCCAUAUUGCCGCCUGCCCCAGCCAGCUGCAGUUCUCUGUUGUGUCAUGUGCAAGACAGCUAUGGAGUCUUGCAGUGUGCAGUCUGCGCCCUUUGGGCAGUGCUGCUGAGCACAUGUACAUUGGAUUGUCUUGGCUGAUAGCCAAUAUCUCGAACUGGCAGUCUGCUUUGGAGCAGCGAAUGUCUUUGAAAGCGACACAGUUGCAGAUGGGGAAAGAAGCAUGGGCCAUCAAACCCUGUCACAGCAAAGAUCUUUUCGCAGUUGGACUGGAUAAGCGGGGGGGUGUUGAGGCUUUGGCACAACAAAUACCUUCCAGUCAGGGUUGGUUGCAUACGUUGGGGCAUGGCCUGAAUUCAGCGCCUUCAUCUUGCGAAUGA